AUGUCAGUUAUUAUCAUCGAAGACGACGGUUUAACUACUCAUCCCUCAGAUACUCUUAGUAUCGUCGAUCCUGAUCGUUUUAUUGAUCAACCUCAGCUUUUUGAUAAUAUUAAUACCCCCCCUUCAUCCAGUCCUACACCUACUCUAUACAACUCUCAAGAAGACUCUCAAAUACUUGGACUUAUACCUACUCCUAUAUCUAUACCUACAAUACUCAAUAUUGAAGGACCUCAAGCUGAAACAUAUUCUACAGCUCUCAAUGCACGACGUCGAUAUUCUUGGAUCUGGAAACAUAUGCCUGAUACUGAUUCCAACACUAUUUAUCUCGACAAUCGAGGUAAAGUUCAAUGGAGAUGUCAUUAUUGUAAACAAAAGUACCUCGAAUCUGAUGGUACACGUAUCAUUGCAGUACAUUUGCGUAUUUACCAUUCAAUUAGUGAGGCAUCCCCUCGAGAAGAGCGUCGAGAGCGUGUCCAAGCUACUAUACAGCAAGCUAUACAAAAUGCUAGCAAAUCCGCUGGAUUCAAGCGUCGCAGAAUGAUAAAAGAUGAAGAAACUCUUGAAAAUCUCCCCGAUGAGUAUGUCUUAGAUCCCUACGUUUUAGAGCUUCUGUUUGUACGCUUAUUCGCACGUUGUUCUUUACCAGUAAAGCUUAUUGAAUGCGAUGAGUUUCGAGCUAUUCUUUAUUAUCUCAACAAACAAACAGCUAUAUGGGUUCCAGAUUCUCAAAAAACCUUAACUUCUUGA